AAUCCUGUAGACAUUUGAUCAGAGCCAUUCGAGCAGUGACCAUCUGGUCUUUUCCUAUAUCACGGACUGUCCAAUAGAACCUUCUUUUGUAAAGACGGUGAAAUGAUUUGAGGGAAUUUGGCUGUUAUUUCAACGUUGAGCGACUAAGUGGAAGGCCUGUCGUUGACCGGAGGUGUUUAUGUUUUGCUGGGAACAUGAUUGCUGCUACACCGCCGGUCUCAGCGAAACAUUUCCCACGUUGCCUCCAAGCAUGGCUGAGAAUCUCUAUGUUCACGCGGCUGAGAUCUUCACCAAUGCUUUGGCCAAGAAAGCUCACGUCAAAAAUCUUGUUUAUGCGUCAGAAUAUCCAAACAAGAGGAAACUCUUCGCUUUAGUUUGUCAAGGUUUAAAACACAAAAACAUUCUUCAUGAAAUAGCAACUUCUCUGAAUAUUCUGAACAAUGAGACUUAUGCCUUACGACAAAAUAUGCCACUCUUACAAUUGCUGCUGUAUGACAAAAUUUUUGGUAAAGGUAUCUGUGGUUCCAGACGAUUUAAAAAUGUUAUGAGGAAAUAUCGAGACAAAAUCAAUAACCACUGUGAAUUGUUAUUGAAAGAAAAAGGUAUUGAUGAUGUGAAAGAAUUACUGACCUGUGAUAAUGCAAGUGUGCUGACUCUACCCAGGUAUAUCCGUGUCAAUACUCUCAAGGUGAGAACGAAAGCUGUUUGCUCAAUAUUUAAAGAAAACGGAUACAAAAGGAUCCACCGGAAAGGAAAAACUUAUGAAGAGUUUCUUAAUGCCAUACAAUUUAUGAAUUCUGGUGAAUUUCUGCGAGAUCUUCACAUCCCUACACUCCUGGUUUUUCCAGCUGGUUCUGAAUUCCACGAACAUCCGUUGUUUUUGUCCGGGAAAAUAGUUUUGCAAGAAAAAGCCAGUUGCUUCCCUGCUUUUGUUUUGUCCCCCACUGAGGGGAGCACCGUUAUUGACUGCUGUGCUGCUCCAGGGAACAAAACUACUCAUCUUGCUGCUUUGAUGAACAAUGUUGGAAAAAUUUAUGCUAUUGAAAGGGAUGCACGUCGAAUGGAGACUUUAAAAGAUUUCAUUACAAAGACAGGCAGUGAGAUUGUUGAAACUAUCUGGGAAGAUUUUAUGAUGUUAGAUCCUGCUGACCCUCGAUUUAAAGAUGUGGAAUUCAUUCUGGUGGAUCCAUCAUGUACUGGAUCAGGCAUAAUUUCCAGAAUGGACAAUGUACUUGACAGUAAUCCUACAACCAGCGACCGCUUACAGAAACUGUAUUUUAUUCAGAGAAAUUUACUGAGACAUGCACUCAGCUUCCCCGGUGUUAAAAGAGUCGUUUAUUCCACGUGUUCUGUCUUCCCAGAAGAAAACGAACAAGUCAUCGAUACAAUCUUUGAAAGGUUCCAGAAGGAAUAUUGCCUGGAGGAAAUUAUGCCAGACUUUCCUCACCGUGGCUUAGAGGGAUAUCAGUGUUCUAAGUAUUGCCUACGGUUCACAUCAGAAAUUGAUAAAACUAAUGGUUUCUUUGUGGCUUGUUUUGUAAGACGUGCUCUACCGAUAGUUGAGUCCAACCAUGAACAACUCUAAGUGGAAACUGUAAACUGUGAUAACUCAUCAAACUGAAAAACAUUGCUCAUUCUGAAACAUCAACCAUAAAAUGUAUCAUCAUCAUCAUUGUCAUCAUUUUUCUAAUACAUUCUAAUCUCUUAAUAUAA